AUGGCAGAGGAAAAGUCCAUGAAUUCACCUCCACUCAUACCAGAGACACAGGAUAGUAUUGAAGGAAAUGAAAGAAGUUUGAUAUGUGAUAUCUUAGAUCAAAUGACCAUGAUAUUGCAGGAAAUUGAUAAUAAUAUAGGUCUGUUUAGAGAAGUGGUGAUGCAUGAGCUUCGUGAGUUUAGAGAAGAGAUGAGGAAUGAGAUUCGUAAUCUAGGAAUGGAGAACAAGAGGAAACUUCCUACUACCCAGACGGAGAAGACCCUGAAACUCCAGAAGAAAAAGGUCAUUUUUCUACAAUCCACAUGGAGAAAAAUGGCCCCAAGGCUACACUUUCUACAAAUAAAUCACGUAACUUGGUUACAUCGGAAAUUGAGAUCAUCUGAAAAUGUCCGGUUUCAAUAUGGCACAGUAGUUUUCCUUACAGCUGAGGUAGAAAUAUUCAUAAAGACACCGAUACUAUAUGGUAAGGAUAGUAUGACUGUAUACUGCGAGCCUCAAGAGGAGUCAAAGAGGUUAAUAGACAGUAUCAAUAUGAUACGCAUAUACGUGGAACACAAUGGAGGACCACUGGGCUCAGUAGCAUCAAAAUUGUCAAGAAUCGUCAAAAACGUGGGGUUAAGAGGUUACGAAAUUCAGUCGGGGCCUGCAAAGACAGCGAGAUACAAUAUAACAGGUAGUAUCAGUAUGGUUGAAAAGGCAUAUCUCGGGGCAUAUGUAAAGAGCGAGGACGUUUUAUGCUCCGACAGUAGACUUUUUCGCUGCGAAAUGAGUUUUACUUUCAAGAAUGGUACGAAUGCAACUGUCUCUAAGGAUAGGGCGACAUGUGUCCAAGGGCCAUGCAAUGAGUGUAAUUUUGGAAUUCAAAAUUUGGAAAUAAGCAAUGCCAUGUCAAAUGAAGAUAAAAUAAUGAAAAAUUACCUGUUACCUACUGGCGGAGUUCUUGCUUUGUUUGGUACUGUAUCAUUGGUAAUAGGCAUUGUUCUGACAAUAAAAUCUAUAUCACGACAAAGUAAGUAUACCAAAGAAACAAAUUAA